CCUGGCCGGCCGUCCUAUGCAAUGCUAUCCCACGUUUGCAAUGCAGAGGGGGAGCAGUCGUAUACGGAUCUUCGAGGUAUUCAAGCCUCUCUCCGUUCGCUGUCGGAGAAGAUCCGACGCGCAUGCGCCGUUGCUCGGGCUCACGGAUCUCGGUACAUUUGGAUCGACUCGUGCUGCAUCGACAAGACAAGCAGCGCAGAAUUGGCCGAGGCGAUCAACUCCAUGUUCGCGUGGUACAAAACGCAGCCGUCUGUUAUGCCGUUCUCGACGACGUGCCCAGCGACCAGAAUCCCCGUGCCGACGACUCAGCCUUCCGCAGAAGCCGCUGGUUCGCCCGCGACUGGACGCUCCAGGAGCUGCUCGCGCCCCGUGUUGUUUUCUUCCUCUCCAGAGACUGGCAGCUCAUCGGAACGAAGACCAGUCUGGUGCGACGAAUUGCACAAGCGUCGGACGUGGAUGACGUCUGCGAGUCGAGUCCGCGUCCCUUGGGUACAUCGUCGCGUGGCAAGGGACGGACACUGGACAGCUUCCCCGUCGUCCGCUGGCAUGUGAGAGCGGCCUCGGGAGCACAUAGCCGCAUGCCGGGUGUCCUAGGACCGCACGCGCAAACCCCCGACAGCAUACAUCUGCCGUGCCUUGAUGUUGACCUACAACGCACGUCAGGGCAUCUACAGUGGCCGGAGAGGGAGUCGUACCGGCGUGGUCUGCGUGUGAAGAGACGAGCGUUGAUGACAACUUGGUCGGCCUUCGACCGGAGCUUGAUCUUCUUCGGUGGCGAGUCGAGCACGUCCGUCAACCUACUGCAUUCAAUGACCCACUGCCCAUGUCACGCCUAAGCGUCCUUCUCGUCGAUAUCUUCGUGACCACCGGUCGGGACUGAUACGCAACAAGGGUGCUGGAGCGCGUCCGUGUCUCCAGCUUACACGGCCCUGGCGCCAUCCCGACCAAUGC